AUGGCUUCGAGAUUCAGUGGUGUAUUACAACUAACAGACCUUGACGAUUUCAUAACACCGUCACAGGAAUGUAUAAAGCCAGUGACAAUAGAAAAGACAAAAACAAAAACUGGCGCAAAGAUCAAAAUCGGUGACGAUGGCUACUUCGAUGUUUCGAGUGGUAGAGAACAGAAACUAAAGAAAGUUGAGAUUACAUUGGCGGAUUGCCUAGCAUGUAGUGGAUGUAUCACUUCUGCUGAGAGUGUGCUAGUGACACGACAGAGUCAAGAAGAGUUACUAAGGGUUUUAACAGACCGAAAGUAUACAGACUCCAGAGGUGUGACAAAUGAUGUAAGUCUAGUAGUAGUGUCAUUGUCACCACAGCCAGUACUGUCCCUUGCUGUGCGCUACAAAUUAAGCCCUGAUGAUGCAACAAAGAAGCUAGUUGGCUACUUCAAGAGCCUUGGUGCUGAUUUGGUUCUGGACAUGACAAUAGCGGAGGACUUGUGUCUGUUAGAGGCGCAGCAGGAGUUUCUCCAGCGUUACCGGGAGCAGCAAACAGACCCUAAAUCCCAACACUUGCCCAUGCUCUCCAGCUCUUGUCCAGGCUGGGUGUGCUACGCGGAGAAGACCCACGGCGACACCAUCCUGCCGUACAUCUCCAGCACCAGGUCCGCGCAGCAGAUAAUGGGCGCGCUGGUGAAGAGGCUGCUGAGCGAGGGGCGGCAACUGGCCCCGGCCAGCCUGUACCACGUCACGCUGAUGCCCUGCUACGACAAGAAGCUGGAGGCCUCCAGGGAGGACUUCUACAGCGAACUGCUCAAUUGCCAGGACGUAGACUGCGUGGUGACCGCAAUCGAGGUGGAACAGAUGUUGGAGGGGAGCGGCAGGUCGCUGGGCGAAGUGGGGGGCGCAGAGCUGGACGCGGUGUGGGGCGAAGCGCCAGCGGGGCUGCGCGGCCACGCGGGCUCCGGCUCGGGGGGCUUCGCACACCACGUGUUCGUGCACGCCGCGGAACAGCUCUUCGGCCUCACAGACCCGCCGAUGGUGUACAGGAACCUGAGGAAUCCUGACUUUAAGGAGUUGACGCUGGAGAAGGACGGCGAGGUGGUGCUGAGGUUCGCAAUCGCCAACGGCUUCAGAAACAUCCAGAACCUGGUGACGAAGCUCAAACGCGGGAAGUCCCCCUAUCACUAUGUGGAGGUCAUGGCUUGUCCCUCAGGAUGCCUGAACGGAGGCGCCCAGGUGCGGCCGGCUGUGGGCGAGAGCGGGCGCGAGCUGACGAGCGCGCUGGAGGCGCUGUACGGGCGGCUGCCGGCGGCGGAGCCCCACCGGGGCGAAGCGCCGCGCCUGCUCGCCCGCCGGCUGGGGGGCGCCCACUCGGAGCAGGCCUCCGCCCUCCUGCGCACCGCCUACAGGGCGGUGCCCAAGACGGACAUCGCGCUCAACAUCAAGUGG